UUUUUUUUUAAUUUUCUUCUUUUCUGUUUUCUCUUUUUCUUUUUUUGUAUAUUCAAAUCUAUAAUAUAGGAAAGAAGAAGACUAUAUAUAUAUAUAGAAAUAAACCUAUAAACAUAUAUAAAUGUGUAUAUAAUGUCAGAAUCAAGUCAUCAUAUCGAUUCUCCUUUAAACGAAGAAGAUAUCAACAACAAUGCCACAAACAAUAACAAUAACAACAACCAAGGUUUAUCAAUACGAUCUUCUCAACAACUUCCUUUCCAGUUUGAUUUAUCUUUUUUACCGAAACUUGACCAACUACUACCUGAAAAUCCUCUCUUUUUUAUGCAACAACAUCACCAACAACAACAACAACAACAACAGCAACAGCAACAGCAACAACAACAACAACAACAACAACAACAACAACAACAGAUGCACGAUCAAUCUAUGAAAGAUGCUAACAACGUAUCCUCUCUUACUGAUUCUACUUCAACCAAUCAUCCUCAUUCACUUUUGACUUCGUUUGAUCAAGCUGCAGCAAAUGGAUCUGAAGCAAAUCAAAGUAUAUGGUCUGGAUUCAACAAUUUCUUUUCCAAUGUAGCCCACAAUCCUUUCCCUCAAUCAAUACCAAACUUGGCAAAGAAUGUGUCUGAAUAUCUUUCCAACUACCAAUUAUUCAGUUCGUUGAAUUCUCAUGCAGCAGCAAAUCCUCAAGGUGAUACUCAAAUUCAAACUUCCACUGGUAUCAAGUAUGAGUCCAUGACAGAUGGUGCUUUCAAAUCAUCCAAUAUCAUAUCUCCUGGAAUGCAAAUUCGGGUACUAGGUGUUCCUCAAACUGGGGCGAAAUCAAGAGUAGAGACUCAAAUCAAACUAUGUAUUCAAUUAGUUACAGACGACGGUGACAAAGCUCAACAAUGGUCUCAUUUGAAACUUCCAGAAUAUAUGGUAGCAAAGGAUAAACUGAAACGACAACAACAAAUUUCUGUUAAUACAGAUAGCAAUGGUUCCAUCACAAGUGUUUCUGGUCUCGACAAUACCAAUUUACCUGUUAAAGCUGAUAAAAUGCUCUUUCUCAGUGCUCGUGUGAUUUGUGCAAGUGAUCCUUCUCGAAAGGUAGUAACGUGUUUAGGUUGUAUUCAACGUGAGCGCAAACGAUCUCAACGUCGAAAGGAAAACAAAAUCAAAGUGGAAAAUGAAGAUGAACGUCGGUUAGAGGAUGAACAAUCUUUGGCUUUGGAAGAACAAAAGGUCCUACUCUUCAAUUGUCCUGAAAUAGUUGAUUUUAGUUCUGGCGAUACCAUUCUACCUACCAGAAUUACUUGUUAUUGUAGACAUCAUAAUGAAAGACUUGGCUUUUGUAUCUAUUUCGAAAUGCAAGAUCACACAGGCAAACCUGUAGCUACUGGUAUGUCUCCACCCAUUAUGAUUACUGAUGAUCAUAAAUCAAGUAAAGUCAAAGCUGGAAGAAAACGCCCUCGUACGGAUUUGGACAAGCCUAUCAGCACACAAGCAAUUUUAUCUGCAAGUUCAUAUCCUUUUGGCUCUGGUUCACCUGUUCCAAACAGUAUUCAUACCAACAACAAUACUGCGUCAUCAUCAUCACCUUCUACGAAUAAUUCAUCAACAUCCAACACACAGUCAUUUUUACCAUUCUCCUUUAAUGAUACCCCCUUCACUAACAAUAACAACAACAACAACAACAACAAUCAUAGUAGUACAGCAAUCGCUCCACGUCACAACACACCAAUUGGUAAUAUCAGUAGAACUUUAUCGCCAUCCAAUGAUACAUCAUUGAUCAAUCAUCUUCAGCACAACAAAACCGAAAAUGAUAGCAAAACUGGACAUAUGCAGCUAAAUCAAGCCUUGUUGAAUUCGAUGGCCGCAGUAGCAGCAGCAGCAGCAGCAGCAACAGGAUCACCAAGUAAUCAAAACAGUAGAAAUGGAAAAGAACAAUCAAUAUCAACACCGAACAAAGGAUUAAUAUUAGAACGACCUCAAAUGCAACGGAUGAUUCCAAAUGAAGGACCUAUGGAUGGUGGAAUUGAAGUAACUAUUCUUGGUGCUGGUUUUCGACCUGGUUUGACUUGUAUGUUUGGCGAUGUAGCAGCAACAAAUACUCACUAUUGGUCACCAAAUACUCUUGUCUGUAUACUUCCACCUGCGACUGAACCUGGUGCUGUUGUGGUUUCCUUCAAAGAAUUUCCUGUGGUACCUGAUAGUCAAGAUCUGACGCUAUUUACGUAUUGCAAUGAAAAUGAUCGCGCUCUUAUGGAAUUAGCUCUUCAGGUGGUUGGAUUAAAAAUGACAGGAAAAGUAGAAGAUGCUCGAGAUAUUGCGAUGAGGAUUGUGGAAGGAAAUGGAAAUCAUCAUCAAGUAGUAACAGAUUCACGCCAACAACAACAACAACAACAACAACAUCGGUCACAGUCAUCAUCUUCUUCGUCGUCAAUACCACCAUCGCAACAACAACUCACAACAACUUUACGAUCAAUAUCAUCCAUGGAUACAAUCAAACAAUUUUUAGAUGAUAGGUCAUCUGGACAACCUAAAGUGUGUCUUGAAUGGCCUUUGAUGCAAAUGUUGGAUUCCUCAGGUUCGUGGACAGAAUGAUAGCAAUUUAUCAUUUACUUUGUCUAUUUUGUAUUACUUGGUCAUAUAUAUAUAUAUAUAUUUAUUUAUUAUGAUUUACUUGUUUCCCUUUUAUAUAUUUUUUAUUUUUUUUUUUU